GCUGCGUCUUCUGAUGUGCCCGCGAAUUAAUAGUUUCUCAUCGCUGGAUAUCGUAUGCUCGAGAAGCUGUUUAUAACUUUCUGUAAACUACACUGUCUAGUGCCUUUGAGAAAAUUGUUUUGUACGUGUCUGCAAAAUCCUGAAAGAUGGUGGUAUUAAAGCGAGCCAACCCGGUGUGUUUUAAGUGAGGGAGCAAAGGAUGACUAGGUGGUUGGUCUGAUUUUGAAUUCUGAGAUAUUCUGGAACCAUGACCAGUUUCCUUGGAUGAUUUUUGUGGCAUGAUAUGUUUUCUCCAAGCAGUCAGUGUUGAACUUUGGAGGGCAUGAACACUGAAUGUGAAUCAGUUCAGACAUAUGGGCGACAAUGGCUGUAAACAGUGUGCUGGAAGUGUAAGUGAAGCACAACAGGAUUUUCUUAUCCGAUGAUUCCAGCAGUGACUUUUUAUUUUCUGGUGAGCUGGUGCAAUGUCGCGUAAGCAGACAGUGAAGCAGGGACGACCCAACAAGAAGGCGGACGUAGAACGGAAACGAGAUGAACGUGCAGCACGGCGAGCCCUGGCCAAAGAGAGGAAGAAUAGGCCAGGUAGUGCAGUGGAGGAAGAAGAAGAGUUUGUGAGCUUCACCAAUCAGCUUCAAGUACUGGGCCUAAAACUGCGUGAGGUUCCAGGAGAUGGAAACUGUUUGUUUCGUGCCCUUGGUGACCAGCUGGAAGGUCACUCUAACAACCACCUGAAGCACCGAAGGGAUACUGUUGAAUUUAUGACAACCCAUCGGCAGGACUUUGAGCCAUUUGUGGAGGAUGAUGUUCCCUUUGAGAGACAUGUGUCCAACCUGGCCAAACCUGGGACGUUUGCUGGAAAUGAUGCUAUUGUGGCUUUUGCUCGGAACCACCAGCUCAAUGUUGUCAUUCAUCAGGUGAAUGCACCAUUAUGGCAGAUUAAGGGAUCAGACAAGCCAUUUACCCAGGAGUUGCAUAUUGCAUAUCGGUAUGGAGAACAUUAUGACAGUGUGCGACAUAUUGGCGAUAACUCUGAGACACCUGCUAACUUACGUACAGAGAUUUUGAGUAACAGGGGAAAUACUCGACACGAUAAGUAUAGGGAUCAUAACCUGCCACUGUCCUCAACUGCCAAUAGCCUUGAAAGGCAAAAUGAGGAGGAAGAAGAAAGGAGACAUUUAGUCGAAACUAUACAAAACAUCACAGGGUGUAUGGAUACAGCACUAAUCCUGCAAAGCCUGGAAGCUAAAUGUCUGGAUAUAGAUGCUGCUGCUGCUGCUGUGAUGCAGAAACAGGAAUCCAAUGAGAGUACCAAAAGAGACUGUAUCCCUUCAGAAGUUACACAUACACUACAUUUGUCAUCUCCUCUGUGGAAAGACUGUGGUACAGGAAGUCGAAUUUUUGGCAAGAUGGAUAGUCAGCUCUGUGAGACGGCGAGUACCCAAAGUUCUGAUGCAAGUAGCAGCACUUCUAAGGUAUCUAGCAGACAGCGCAAAGAACAGCAACGUCUGCAGAAGAAAAAGCGUCAGGAAGAGCGACACCGGCAGAAGAUACUGGAGAACAAAAACAAAGCUGAUAGUAAUUGCAACCAAAAUCCAGAUGGCCCUGUAACCUUGGUCAGGUCAUUUGCUACCCUUAACAUUUGACUGACAUUUUUUUGAAUGUACAGAGCUGAGAAAGGCAUCUCAAACUCUCAAUGUUUAUUGUUCAAAUUGAGCCUAGGCCAUACCUUGGGAUUGCAUGGUGGUCUGAUUUUCUGUUAUUUCUUACAACCUUGUCUUGACUGGAAAUGACUUUUAUGAGAAGGACAAUGAGAACAUAUAUACAUUUAAAACGUUUUAUUUUAAGUUGUCAAUCUGGAUGGCUAGGUUAAAAGACUGAAACAGAACAAUAAACUGCUUUGCACUGUGAUUACUGAUUCCCUCUGUGCCACUAGGGGGCAUCAGAUGCUGACAUUUAGCAACAUACUUCUGUGAGACACACAGUCGGUGCUUGUACACCAUUUCAGUGACACUAUGCCAGUGUGACAAGUACCAGUUGGUUCUAGCGGAGAUUGGCUUGCAGAAUGCUGGAUUGUGCACAUUUUUUGUCAGCAGCCAAAAAAAAAAAGUGGCAUAAUAUUUGCACAACAUAGUAAAUAUUCAGUGCUGUUAUUGCCAAAAAUAUUUUUUUGGUUCAUUGUAUGCUACAAAACCCACUUAAAUAGUUCAAUAAAGUGGAGAAUUUACUUAAAGAAAAAAA